AUGGACGAGUUUGCGCAAACCCGCGGCGUCGACGACCUGUUCGAUGACGAUGUAAUACCCGUUACAUCGCACCCUCAGCCAGUUCAUGAACCAGUUGACGAGCCCGAGCCCAAGACACACCCCUCUACACAGUCAAAGGAGGAGCCGGUAGACUCGAUCAGGCCGUCGUCGCAGGCGGAGCCAACCGUGCCUCCGAAACAAGAGGUGGCGGCGCCAUCGCAACACCGCAAACGAGGCGGGACGAGUCGAGCAAGAGGGAGAGGCAGCGGAUUUUCUCGCAGGUCGAAACCUGAUACACCUAGAUCCCCCGGGAAGUCUGGCCGCGAGUGGGACGCAGAGAAGUCACUGGAGUCCUUCUCUGAACAUAGCCGAGGGGGCUCUGCAUAUCGGAGAGGAGCCCACGGUAGUAUACCAAAUAAUAUGCGUGCCAUGACACCUCCCACGCCAGCCGCAGACUAUGAUAACCAGCCCAGCCCAUCGUUCGGAGACCGAGGACGAGGACGGGGUAGCCGAGGGGGACGAGGCCAAGGGCGAAGAGGUGCCGGCAGAGGCCGAUUACCAGGCGAUAUAAAUACCGAAAUAUCCCAUCCCGGGCAUCAAACAAAGGUUCCUGAAUCAGACGAAUUCCCUGCUUUGCCUGGCACAGAGAAGCAGUGCGAUAGCAAACCGGAGAAGCCCAGCGCAUCUACGUGGGACAGAGCUCCCGAUAUCCUUUCGAUGAAGGAGUCCUCGGGGACAUGGGCCGACCAAGUAGAGAUCAGCGAGGAGCUAGAAAGAGGCGCUACGAAACAGGUCUAA